ACCUUCACACAUACAGACAGGUAGGGCACAGGGUUCUGGGAGUGUGUGCACACGUACACAUCGCACACAUCCAGAAGUAUCCACACACAGAUACACACUCACCGUGAGUGACCCAUUGCCAUUGGCCAGGCCCACCAACCCUCUGCCUGUCCGAGCUGAAGAACAGGACCAUUUGGGAAAGGAGGAGAAAGAGCAGGAAGAUGGUAACGCUGAGGUUGAUGUGGGGACUCCUGGUCCUGUGUGUGGUGGCAGCCUCUCCCCGCAGAUACGUCCGACAAGCAGAACUAGAUAAAUUUUACAACAACAAUGUGGAUUUAGACCUGAAUGUGGAUACCGAUGAUGUCUAUGACUAUUAUGAUGGAAUUGAUGAACCACAGAUAGAGAUUGGCACCUUGAGACCUGAUGAGGACGUUGAUCCUUCACAUCAUGCCUCAUUGGAGGAAGAAGAAGAGGAGGAGGUGGAGCAUGUGGAGCCUGAAGAAAGGAGGACAGCUGAGGGGAGUGAAGACAAUGAAUUACCCAUAAAGCCUCAGCUUAUUCCAUCGGGCUCUGGGGAGUCAGGGACUCUGAUGGGCCCUAGUGCACAGGGAGAGGAGGAGCUUCGUCUGACGCCCAUUGACAUCCUUCAGAUUUCUGGGGACAUUUCGGGUUCUGGUGACUCGGGCUCUGGAGACUUACUUGAUGAAAAAGCGUCCGGUUCUGGAGAGCCUUUGGGCUCUGGAGGUUCUGGGGACUCUGGGGACAUAUCAAGUUCUGUGGACUCAGAGGACCUUGGUUCUGGAGUCUCUGGGCUUUUUGGUUCAGGCAUAAUAUUGAUCUCAGGUGGAGAGGAGGAGCUCCACUUGAUGGUUGAAAACAUUCCACACGAGGCCUCUGGGGAUUUUGGAGAGUCUGGAAUCUCUUUGGUAUCUGGAGCUUCUGGGUUCCCUGAGCUGUCAGGCGAGCCUUCCGCCUCUGGGGUUCUUGGAGAUCCUGUGGCUUCUGUUGUACUUGAGGGAUCAGGAGAGUCUGGGGCUUCUGGAGUACCUGAGCUGUCAGGAGAGUCUGGGCUCUCUGAGGUGCCAGAGGUUUCCGGAUAUUCCGGGACCUCCGGGCUGCUUGAGAAAUCUGGAGAGCCUGAGGCAUCUGGGAUGCCUGCGGCAUCUGGAGGACCUGAGGCAUCUGGAGAGCCUGAGAUCUCUGGGUCGCCUGAGGUAUCUGGAGAGCCUGAGGCAUCUGGGUCGCCUGAGAUCUCUGGGUCGCCUGAGGCAUCUGGGUCGCCUGAGAUCUCUGGAGAGCCUGAGGCAUCUGGGUCGCCUGAGAUCUCUGGAGAGCCUGAGGCAUCUGGGUCGCCUGAGAUCUCUGGGUCGCCUGAGGCAUCUGGGUCGCCUGAGAUCUCUGGAGAGCCUGAGGCAUCUGGGUCGCCUGAGAUCUCUGGGUCGCCUGAGGUAUCUGGAGAGCCUGAGGCAUCUGGGUCGCCUGAGAUCUCUGGGUCGCCUGAGGUAUCUGGAGAGCCUGAGGCAUCUGGAGAGCCUGAGAUCUCUGGGUCGCCUGAGGCAUCUGGAAAGACUGAAAUCUCUGGGCUGCCUGAUGCAUCUGGAGAGCCUAAGAUCUCUGUGGUGCUUGGGGUCCCUGAAAAGCCUGGACCCUUUGAUGUUGAAUUUGUUUUAAAAAAGCCUAGGGUCCCCGAAGAGUCUAAACAGCCCGAGGUAACUUUGGAAUCAGGAGAGUCUGGGAGCACAGAGGAGUCUGGGGUGACAGAGGCCCCAGUCAUCACAAACGAAAUAUUAAUACCCGACUUAGAUAAAGAGGAGGAGAUACUCCUAACUACCCCGACCACUCCCUUGGAGGGGACUGGGGUACCUGAUAUUGACAUAGAUACAACAGGUAUGGGUACCUGUUUGCUCUGCACCUGCCUGGUCGGAUCUGUGUACUGUGAUGACCUGAAGUUGCACCAUGUUCCUCCCCUCUCCAAAGAAACCACUCAUUUCUAUGCCCGCUACAACAAAAUUGCUAGGAUCGGCAAGUCUAGCUUCGCCAACCUGAAUAAAUUAAAGAGGAUCGAUCUGACUAGCAAUGGCAUUUCCUGGAUUGAUGAUGAUGCUUUCUUUGGCCUUCCUGCUCUGGAGGAAUUGGUAUUACGAGAGAAUAGUAUUAGACAACUUCCUGCUCUGCCACACUCUAUGAUCCUUAUUGAUGCCUCUCUCAACCACCUGGGCAGCACUGGCAUUCAGAGAGAAGCUUUCAAGGACAUGCCAGGGCUACUUUACCUUUACUUGACGGACAACAACAUAGACCACAUCCCGGUUCCUUUGCCUGACAGUCUGCGCUCUCUGCACCUACAGAAUAACAAUAUCCAAAUGAUGCAUGAGGACACCUUCUGCAAUCCACAUGACUUGAAUUACAUCCGCAAUGCUCUAGAGGACGUUCGCCUGGACGGUAAUCCCAUCAACCUCAGCAGAACCCCACAGGCCUACAUAUGUUUGCCACGUAUCCCCAUUGGUGCCCUUAUUUAAGUGGAGAAAACGCACAUUCAAAUGCACGUGUACAAAACUCACACGUAUGCACAUGCAUCAAAACUCCUCUGUGUGUACCUCUCUCUCCUUUUUUUUUUUCUUUUUCUUUUUUUUUUACUUUGGGCCCAAGCAAACACUUGGAUAUGAAUGGCUGUAUUUAAAGGAGGUUGGCAUAAAUACAUAAACUCACACUCUCACAGGAGUUCUGGUGGACACUUCCAACUCUACGCUGCUUGUGUUUCUACCUUUUUACACAGUGCAUACUUUUCAUAAUGUAGGUGGAUCUGGAUUUAUGACGUCUCCCAAACACAUAUGUGUCUAGCCUCGUAAACAAUCUCUUUUAGAGAAACAGAGAACCAUGCAUAACUCCGUAAGUUUUUUUAUUUAUCAAAUACUAGUGAACCUUUGAGGAAAACAAGAUGUCAUUAAUUUACAAGUGCAAAUACGAACCAAGCCGCACAAAAACCCUCUUUUUGUGUGCUGUGCUGGUUGCCUGUCUGGGGUUAGCUGCAAUAGCCAGCCCGAAUUGUUUAAAUAUAUUUGUUUUGUAAAUGAAAUAUUGUUAAUAUUCAUAUAGAAUUUAACAAAUGUUUAUCAUAAUUAGCAUAACCUAAUUGAAGCUGGCGCUCACUUCAUUUUUUGAAAGGUAAAUUUGACUAAUGCAAUAAAAGAAGCAGUCUAACGAUGAAUUUGUUGUAAAGUCUGUACUGUAAUAUAUAUAUAAGCUGUUUUCUGUUUUUUAUGAGAACUGCAAUAUUUUGGAAUAUCACAAUUCAAGCUGUUGUUAUGACCAAAGGCCUUCAAAAUGAACAUUUCAGAACUGUUGUAUUAGCUGAGGGGUUUGAGAAUGGCUGGGGGGGUAAAUAUUAGCUCAGCAUUGUGUGUUUUGUAUGGAAAUAAUCACACCGAAUAAAGUUUUCUGAUGACCUCUACAAAA